AUGCCGCGAGAGAUCAUAACCAUCCAGGCCGGCCAAUGCGGCAACAACAUCGGCGCGCAAUUUUGGCAGCAGCUCUGCGUAGAGCACGGCAUUUCGCGCGACGGCAACCUUGAGGACUUCGCUUCUGACCCGUCAGUGUCGAUCGGCGACCGCAAAGAUGUCUUCUUCUACCAGUCUGACGACACUCGUUACAUACCCCGCGCCAUCCUUGUCGAUUUAGAGCCGAGAGUAGUGAACGCCAUACAGACGGGUCCGUACAAGAACAUAUACAAUCCAGAGAACUUCUUCGUUGGAGAGCAGGGAUCCGGUGCGGGCAACAACUGGGCGGCGGGGUAUAGUGCGGGAGAGAGGGUGCAGGAGGAGAUAUUCGACAUGAUUGAUCGAGAAGCAGACGGCAGCGACUCCCUGGAAGGCUUCAUGCUACUACACUCAAUAGCAGGCGGCACGGGCUCAGGACUGGGCAGCUACCUCCUCGAGCGGAUGAACGACCGCUUCCCAAAGAAAAUCAUCCAGACCUACAGCGUCUUCCCCGACACCAACACCGGCGGCGACGUAGUCGUCAAUCCCUACAACAGCCUCCUCGCUCUGCGCCGACUCACACAAAACGCCGACAGCGUCGUCGUGCUCGACAAUGGCGCCCUCAGCCGCAUUGCCAGCGAACGCCUACGAGUGCAAGAACCCUCCUUUCAGCAAACCAACCAGCUGGUCUCCACCGUCAUGUCCGCAUCCACAACCACCCUCCGCUACCCGGCUACAUGCACAACGACCUCGUCGGCAUCAUCGCCUCCCUCAUCCCGACGCCGCGCUGCCACUUCCUAA